UUAACCUACCUAACACAAGGUGAACCUUGCGUAGCCUAACCCCGCUUGACCUGCUGCUGGUCAACAUGGGCCCGGGUUCGACUCCCGGGCGGGGCGAGGCAGUCUGCACCUUAGGGGUAAUGGUGAGCCAUGUUGGGUACAAAGGUGACAACCAAGAACAUCUGACACCUAAGGAUCAUGCAUUUGCUGGUGCUGUUAGUGGGUUCCUCACGCGGGGUUUCCUACAGCCCUUGGACGUUCUUAAAAUUAGGUUUCAGCUUCAGGUGGAGUCUACAAGAAGAUGCAGUGGAGGUCUUUACCAUGGGAUCCUUCAGAGUGCUGCCAAGAUAAUGCACAGUGAGGGUUUAACUGCUCUCUGGAAGGGACAUGUCCCAGCACAAGCCCUUAGCAUCAGCUUUGGAAUAACACAGUUUUGGAGCUAUGCUGUCUUGACAAAAGCAGCCAAUAACCGUGGUAUUGGUGAAGGAUAUUUAACUCACGGUGUUUGUGGAGCGCUGGCAGGAAUAUGUGGUACGCUGGCAUCUUUUCCAUGUGACAUAGCACGGACAAGACUAAUUGCUCAAGGAAUUCCAAAGUGUUACAGUGGGAUGUUGGAUGCGUGGAGAAAGAUGUUACAUCAAGAAGGGAUAUUUAGCCUUUGGCGAGGCUUGGUGCCCACCCUGGCCAUGACUGCUCCGUACACUGGCCUCACCUUUUGCUUUUACAAUGCUUUUUUCAAAUUAGCUUCCAAGAGUAUUGGGAAAGAUAGUGAAGCAUCAUGGUUAAGCUGCAGCGGAGUGAGUGGUUUGGCAUCAGGGGUGUGUGCUAAAGUGUGCGUCUACCCUCUCGAUGUCUUCAAGAAGAGGAUGCAAAUAAGAGGUUUUGAGGAAGCUCGCAGGCAGUUUGGCAAGGUUGUUGUGUACCCAAGUACUUUGAAAUGCAUCAGUCAAGUUACACAAGAAGAGGGUAUCUUAGCUUGGUAUAAAGGGCUGUGGCCAGCCAUGUUGAAGAGUGGUUGUGCAUCAGGAAGUAUAUUUAUAACAUAUGAAGCUACCUGUCGUAUUCUUGCUCACAUGUAUCGCACUAAAGAAAAUAGUGAUAAAUGAUAAGGAAAAUUAAAUCUGCAGUAAUAUCAUUAUUAUGACCCACCUCACAUUCUACCUGUUUGUGAUAGAAUUUGAACCGUGCUUGGGUUGUAUGCUGUAAAUGUGCAGCCUAAAAAAAAAAAGACACCAACAUCGACAGACACCCGAUUUAUUUAUUUUGUUUCAGAAGGCGAGUGCAGUAGCCUGUAGGACAAUCUGUACCGCUAAGUGUGUGAGUUGGAAAGUUUGUCACCAUCAUUACCGCUGACACCUCUCUCUCCACCAUAACGCUGACACCUCUCACUCCACCAUAACGCUGACACCUCUCUCUCCACCAUAACGCUGACACCUCUCACUCAGAUCUGGAAGAAAAUUACUAAGAUUGUGGGUAUAUUUGUUCCAGACAUCUUGUCCAUCCUUCACCUCCAUGGUUCUGUUACUCACUUAGUUGUGGUUGAGCUUUGGCUCUUUUGUCCUACCUCUCAACUGUUGAGGCAGUUCUGGUGUUGGUUGAGAAUGAACUGGUUCACACUUUUCAACAGUUAGCGCUGGUACUCGUCUUCUUCCUACUUUCCUUACUCGUAAACCCCAUUAUCGAAUCUCAUCUCUUAGAUUUUAGCACCCACCUACAGCUCCACUAUAAUGACCUUUUCUCUCUUUCUGAACUCCAGUCUGCCCUAACCCUCUGCAGUUCUACAUCAGCAGGCUUGGACAGCAUUCAUUGAGAUGCUCCGUCAUCUUCUCCAGUGCACUUUUCAAUACAAUACUUACUAAAUAUCUAUAACAGUAUUUGGGAGACAUUAUAAGUCCCCAAUGACUGGAUUGAAGCCAUUGUUCUUCCUAUUUGGAAACCCAGUACUUAAGGGGCUUCCUCUAAGGAUUUUUGCCCUAUUGCACUGAUAAGUUACAUUUGCAAACUUUUUGAACGUAUGAUCAAUGUAUGUCUGAAGUGGUUCUUAGAACACUAUCGCCAUUUCUCCCCCUCUCAAUUUGGCUUUUGCAAGUGUCGCAGCACAACUGAUGUUUUAAUGGCCUUAGAAGUCUACUUCGUUCGUACUGCCUUUGCUGCGAAGGCCUCCAUUGUUGCAGUUCUUUUUUACCUGGAAAAGGCUUAUGAUGAUACCUGGAGAAAACAUAUUCUGUCUCAACUACGCUCUUUUGGCCCUUGUGGCAAUCUCUCGCUCUUCCUUCAAAGCUUUUUUUUCUAGUUGUUCGUUUAAGGUGAGACUUGUACCACUUUCUCAUGACUCCUUUCGACAAUAUGUAAGUGUUCCGCCAAGGUAGUGUUCUGAGCACUACUCUUUUUUUUUUACUAGUUGCCUUAAAUGCUCUUCCUACUGGUAUUCUUUCCGCCCUCUAUGUUGUUGUUCUCACUCACUGCUGUCGGGGUGAUGACUCGCCUUCCAACAACAGUUUCAACUUGCAAUUGAUGCCAUGUUGUCCUGGAGCCAUGGCUUCAGGUUCUCUACAACUGAGACUUGUGCUAUGACUUUUACUCGGAAACAGGUCAUUCUUCGUCCACCAUUGUCAAUGUACAGAAAAUAUGUAUAUAUUGCCUCUAUUAAAAAUAAAGGUUGGACAGAUUUGUAUUAAUAUGUAAAUUAAUUAAAUAUGAAUAUUAUUAUUACUUGGCCUUACUAUUCAAUUCAACCUUCCAACUUUUACACUAUGCAACUGCUCAUCGAAACUGCACUGACCAUGCUCCCUCUACCUUUGUUUACAUGGGAGCCACAUUACGAGUUAACAACAGUUCUGGUGUGAAGCUAUUCCUGUCAACACCCAAGAUUCUCCCGGGAAUAUUGCUAGUAUGUUUCUACUACUGUAUCACAAGACACCACCCAAACUCGCCUUGAAUAACGCCAGCUACUAUAUCAUAAGCUGGUGAAUAGAAUCCAACGUCCCAUAAGCGUCUUCGUGCUUACUCCGAAAGCUAACGCACAAAGCCUUAAUGCCAUGUCAAGCCAUGGGGGUUGUGCCAUGCUGGUUUAAAUUCAUAAUUCUCGAUUGGAAGGUAAGCCGAAUGCAGCCUGAAUCACAUAGUUAUUAAUAAGGACAGUUUGUAAAAAUAGUAUAUAAUUGAUCUGUUUGACAAUAGAAACAGUUACUGUAUUCUGUUUUGGUUUUUGGGGCCCGCUUUAUGAUGAUCCCCUUCUGUAUAAAGAUUCUGCUAAAC